AUGGAGGCCAGUCAUCUUCAACCAAUUAGGCCCAGCAAUGGCCUACCGGAUCAUUUCUCCGACACUGUCCAAGAGGCAGGCCUUGCUGCACCUGCCGGUCCACGGACCAUUGCCCUCGGCCUCACCCGCGGCUAUGCAUCCGACUGGCAAGUCCCAGAUGCUCUGCGUGAACUAUACCAAAACUGGAAGGAUGCCAUCCUACAGAUACAUCCCCAGAUUAGUCUAAUGGACUUCCAGCCGAAACACUCAAUCACUGGGGACCAGAGUGAGAUCACGUACGUUGUCAAUUGCCCUGCAAGCGAUUCCGUUGCCGCUGGUCAUUCGUCGGUGCUGGGCUACAUCCGUUUCAAUGUGAUCCACGGGAGGAUCGAAUUUGCCACCCUAGGGACCACUCUACAUGAAGACUGCCUCGAACUCGGUCACAGCACCAAGAAAGGCAACGACAGUCGACUGGCUGGAGGCCACGGGGAGGGUCUCAAGCUCGCUGCCCUCGUACUCAGCCGCCAGAAUCACCAUAUCAAGAUAUCCACCAACGGCUGCCACUGGACCUUUAACUUCAAUGGUCGCAACAAGACGAACUUUUACUGCCGCAUCGCUCCAUCAAAAGCGAAGCGCGAGACGCUGCCCGUUGAUGCUGGCGCAGAACCUCCGCGGCUGAGUACCAACAUCUGGAAUGAUGUCUGC